AUGAUUAUUUUACCGCUCAUACUUUUACUGGCGGAAACAGGCCUUGUAAUUACGGCCACGGUUUUGAGCUCGUUGGGCACUCACCUCACCAGCUGGGCAGACGCAACGCUCACAAAUAACAUUAUAACAUCCCUCACAUUCAUAUCACUGGCAACAACCGUAUCUGCGACAUCUCUCAUAGCGUACCGAAUCGUCAUAGUCUCAAACAACCAUGAGACACAUGCACACAAGGCAUAUAGCAGAAUCGUAUCGACUAUUGUGGAGUCAUCUGCGAUAUACGCCCUGACUCUCCUUCUGCUCGCCUUGACCGAGGUCAUCCCCGUGUUCUACACGUUAGAGUCCCCGUUGAUUCAAGCUGAAUAUUACACCCAGACCCUGGUGAUAUUUUCAUCAGGUAUGGCGCCGACCGUCAUGGUCGCCAGGCUUGCUCUCUCGAGCACCCGUGACAUUAAAUCAAGCGGAACGAUCACUCACAUUACCGGUUUCAACUUUGAAUCUCAACGGGAUAGCUGUUUGAGUGCCCAUCAGGAGGGUACAAAUGGUGCUGGCAGUCGAGAUCAGGCGCAGGUGAGGGAAAUAAAUCAAGAGUCUAUAUGCGACUCCCGCUUCAAUCCGGCUUGA